CUAAGUAUUUAAGAUAGAAAAGAUAAAUCAUAUAAAUCACUGUUGUUUCAUAAUUGGUGAAUUUGUUUUGCAAACAAAUCGUACAUUACAAAACUUUUAAAAAGUCUUACUUGUAAAAGUCUUACAUUAAUAAUUAUCUACACUACUAUUUAGGCAUGCCCAUGCGUUUUGGCAUGCCCAUGGCGUUGCCGACGUCCGUAUGCGACGACGACCAACAAUCAACAACUGAACCAAACUGAACCGUAUGCUAGCCUAUCAUAAAGCAAUAAAAAAUUUAAGUAAGUUACACGUUUAAUGAUUAAUGAAUAUUAUUCAUUAGUGCGCAAUAUUUAGGAGUCUUUUAUAAUACAACCCUCAAAUAAAAUAAUACAGAAUAACUUUUUUUUGUAUCUAUGAAACAAUCUUAAUCCUAAAAUCGUGUUGAUUCGUGAACGUAAUCAUGAUUAUCAAGCUUUAUAGAAUAAUAAUUAACAUAAGAGCUAUCGUACAUCAGAUGAAGCAAUAGCGAGUGAUUAAUACAGUGAUAACUAGUCGAUAAAUUAAGCUUAGUCUGCUAAUUUUUUCCAGUCUAGCUGAUGUUUACAGACAGACAAUGUGCUAUUUUAAGCUCGCGUAAUUUGAUUUUUUGGAAUCUAAAAAACAAUGAAGGAUUUUAUUAUUGCACUCCUAGUGUCUAUUUGGAUUCAUCAUGGAUUUACUCAGAUAGCAACAUUUGACGUGAGAUUAGGUAACUUAUACUUAAUGCAACGAGGAUUAGGGUCGCCAUAUGAAUUAAGAGUAGCAAAGGGACAUGAAGCUCUUUUAAAACUGAACAGAGAGUUGGUAAACCAGCAGUCUUGUUCGGUCACAACACCAAAAGGCGUCACGUUUGAUGUUCGCCAGCCCCCUCAAAACAGGUACGAAAGUUGGAGCGAUGGAUGCGGUGUGAGAGUCCGUAACAUAAUUAAAGAAGACGAAGGCAGAUGGAGGUUAACUGCUACUAGAGGAAAUGAUUCUAUAACUGGAUGGUCUGAAGUGCAUGUUCAAGAUGAAAUACCAGAAUACCAUCCAACAACAAUAGCUCUACAAGACGGGGAAAGGCACGCUCAUGUUGACCUCACUACGCUCAACAGCGCCUACUGUUUGGUUGAACAGCCCUUUUCUGAUAUUUCGUUUGUGCCUGGACACUGCAGCGUGACUUUGGAUCGGACCACGAGAGCAGUUCAAGGGAAUUGGAAUGUUGUCCUUGGUCUGCCAGGACAAGUAGCAGAAGUACAAGCCAACACCAAAGUUGAGGUGGAGGUUGAAAGUUUGGACACGGGAUACGUACAAGAUACGAAUGCUAAGAAGUUACAUUUGUACUGCAACAUAUUGCAUACACAGAAGAAUAUCACAUUUUGUCGUUUCCAAAAGAUAACGGAACAUGUUGGUUAUAAUAUUAUGAACGGCUUGAGCGACGGUGCGCACAGUUAUUACGGGGACGGUUUCGAGAUGCGGCACUGUGGUAUGACGGUGGAAAAUCCAACUGAACAAGUGUUCGGUACGUGGCGGUGUACUGUGGGAGUUCAGGAAAGGGUCGGCACUCAAAUACACCAGAGGACACCGAUGCAAGCGUUGAUUAGGGUUUCCCCAUACAAUUUAGGUUCAAGAAUCAUGAAUGAAGUUAAUGAAGACAGCAUUGCGAGUAGAACGAUCUUUGUACAAAGGGAUAUGGGUUUCACAAUAACGUGCAGAGCUGAGGUUUCAUUGAGCUAUUGUUGGUUUCAACAUCCGAACGGAACCCAGUACACUCCUGUGCCACGGAGCGAUGAUUCCGAUGACAGUUUAUUUUGGUAUGCCGGUGAAAGUCUUCAAACUGGCGAUUGUGGUAUAUCGUUUUCUUACGCUACGGAUGAAGAUUCCGGUGAAUGGACUUGUCAUAUGGGUCCAAGAAGGCAAAUGGGAGUCGAAAUUACCGAUAAAUUAGUAGUUCGUGUGACUGGUCCUUUAGCGGCUAGUCAAAAGGAGAUCCCUACGGUGAUUGAUGGGAGUGCUACAUUGUUUUGUAAAACUUCGAAUGGGAACAGACCGCUGGAAUACUGUCGGUUCUUGUCCCCAAAAUUUGUCGGCAUUAGCAUUGAUCCGUCUGUUACAAAGGAAAACGCAAUACUGGGCAGAUACUUUUUUACAACCGGCAGAGAUUUAGAUUAUGGUGAUUGUUCUUUGACGAUUAUAUCGGUAACCAAUGAUGACUUAGGAGAGUGGACAUGCGCUGCUCUACUACACGACGAGGCCGCGGAGAGUAGAGACAUCAUGACACUCUACGUCGAACAAAGAAGUGCAGUUCGAUUUCGAGCCGAUAUAUUGGGGAUGGCGGGUGGCGUUGUUCUGCUGGCUGUAGUUUUAAUAAGUGUUUUGUGGUACAAACGCGAGAAAAUUCGUUCUUAUUGGCGAAAAACAGAUUCUAGCAGCAGAACAGAUAACGUGUCCCUCCAAACGUUUUCUGCGGCUAGCUGGCGCAAAGACAGCGACAGUAGUGGAAGCGCUAAUGGAUCCCAGAAGGCCGGGUCUCGCGACAUUUCAUAAUCACAUACGUAUUCAAACUGGUUGAAGUACUAAAGAUUUUAUCUUUUUUAUUUAUUGCUUAGAUGGGUGCACGAGCUCACAGCCCACCUGGUGUUUAGUGGUUACUGGAGCCCAUA